CUGAGCGCGGUCCCAUUCCCGGGGCAGCGCCGCCGCCAUGUGGAUCCAGGUGCGCACCAUGGACGGCAGCCAGACGCACCGCGUGGACUCGCUCUCCAAGCUCACCAAGGUGGAGGGGCUGCGCCUGCGGAUACACGAGGUGUUCGGCGUGGAGCCCCACCGGCAGCGGCUGUUCUACCGCGGCAAGCAGAUGGAAGAUGGUCACUCCCUGUUCGAUUACAGCGUGGGGCUGAACGAUAUCGUUCAGCUGCUGGUCAGACAAAGCCCGGCCGUGCUGCCUGCUGGGAGCAAGGAGAAGGACUCGGAGCUCUCAGACAGCGACUCCGGCUGUGGCUCCGGCCCCAGCGAGUCCGACAAAAGCUCCCACAACGGGGAGGGUGCCCUGGAGCUGGAGGGACAGCCCAGCACGGCAAAGCAGCCCCACUGGACCGACCCCGGCUUCGGCCUCUACAAGAUCAAUGACUUGGUGGAUGCUCGGGACACGGACAUGGGAGCGUGGUUUGAAGCCCAGGUUGUGAAUGUAACCAGGAAAAAACCCACCAGUGAAUCAGCUGAGAGCUGCACAGAUCCUGACCAGCCCACAGCUGUCCCUGAAGAAGAUGUAAUUUAUCAUGUGAAAUAUGAUGAUUAUCCAGAGAACGGCGUGGUGCAGAUGAGCUCCGCUAACGUGCGCGCUCGGGCUCGGACCAUCCUCAAGUGGCACCAGCUGGAGGUGGGGCAGGUGGUGAUGGUCAACUACAACCCCGAUGAGCCCAAGGAGAGGGGCUUCUGGUACGAUGCUGAGAUCCUGCAGAAAAGGGAAACAAAACUGACCAGGGAGCUCAAUGCAAAGAUACUGCUUGGGGAAGCUGGUGAUUCCUUGAAUGACUGCACAAUUAUAUUAGUGGAUGAAAUCUAUAAAAUAGAAGAGCCAGGCUCUGCUUCUCCCAUCAGUGCUGGUACCCCAAAACGACAGAUUGGACCCGUGUGUAAAGCCUGCAAGGACAACCCAAACAAGACGUGCAGGGUCUGUGCGUGUCACAUCUGUGGGGGGAAGCAGGAUCCAGAGAAGCAGCUCAUGUGUGACGAGUGUGACAUGGCCUUCCACAUCUACUGCCUCAAGCCUCCCCUCAGCAGAAUCCCAGAUGACGAGGACUGGUAUUGCCCUGAAUGUCGAAAUGAUGCAAGUGAGGUGGUUUUAGCAGGAGAGAAAUUAAAAGAAAGUAAAAAGAAACAAAAGAUGGCAUCUGCUAAUUCCUCCUCCCGGAGAGACUGGGGCAAGGGCAUGGCGUGUGUUGGGCGCACCAAGGAAUGCACCAUUGUCCCCUCCAACCACUAUGGACCAAUUCCUGGCAUCCCCGUUGGCACCAUGUGGAAAUUCAGAGUUCAGGUGAGCGAGUCCGGGGUGCACAGGCCCCACGUGGCGGGGAUCCACGGCAGGAGCAACGAUGGCGCCUAUUCCUUGGUGCUGGCAGGAGGAUAUGAAGAUGACAUCGAUCAUGGGAAUUCCUUCACGUACACGGGGAGUGGGGGCCGAGACCUCUCUGGGAACAAGCGCACGGCAGAACAGUCCUGUGAUCAGAAACUCACCAACAUGAACAGAGCCCUGGCUCUCAACUGCAGUGCCCCCAUCAACGACAAGCAGGGGGCCGAGGCCAAGGACUGGCGGGCAGGGAAGCCGGUGCGGGUGGUCAGGAACGUCAAGGGAGGCAAGCACAGCAAGUACGCUCCUCUGGAGGGCAACAGAUACGACGGCAUCUACAAGGUUGUGAAAUACUGGCCCGAGACAGGGAAAUCUGGGUUUCUGGUGUGGCGAUACCUGCUUAGGAGGGACGAUGAAGAACCUGCUCCUUGGACCAAAGAGGGAAAGGACAGGAUGAAAAAGCUUGGCCUGACAAUGCAGUAUCCUGAAGGAUAUUUGGAAGCCGUUGCAAACAAAGAUAAGGAAAAAGAAAAUAGUGGAGAUGAUGAGUUUGAUACCCCAGGGAAAGGGAAGAGGAAAAGGAAAUCAGCAGAUGGGGAGGAAAAACUCAUCACCUCUCCAGCAGGGACUCCAAAGAAAACUAAAGUUGAGCCAUACAAGCUGACAUCCCAGCAGAAAUCUCUUAUAAAAAGUGAUGAAGCCAAUGAAAAACUGUGGAAUGAAGUCCUAGAGGCUCUCAAAGAUGGACCGAAAUUUCUGAGUAAAGUGGAGGAGGCCUUUCUGUGUAUCUGCUGUCAGGAGGUCGUGUUCCGGCCGGUCACCACCGUGUGCCAGCACAACGUCUGCAAGGACUGCCUGGACAGGUCGUUCAAGGCGUCGGUGUUCAGCUGCCCCGCGUGUCGCUACGAGCUGGGCCGCAGUUACAGCAUGGAGGUGAACGAGGCCCUGCAGAGCGUCCUGGCCCAGCUCUUCCCCGGCUACGGCAGGGGCCGGUGA